AUGUCAAUGACUGUCGAAAUUAUACAGAGACCCUCGCAGGGACACCAGUAUGUUACAUCACCAUUGGCACGUAUCAAACUUGAUCAGUUCGGUACGCUUUGCAGAUCACAAAAUUUGACAUCGUACGGAUUUGAACCAUUUUCAAACAAAGAGAACAACGUACAGAAAAAUUUACUUGCUUCAAGCAAAUCAUUACAACUGCAAUUCGUUCAGCCCUCUAGAUAG